AUGGGAAGGCGAUGCUCAUGUUCCAUUGGAACCUUCUUCAUUUUCUUCUUAUUUUGGGCGUUGUGGUUCUCCAAGAACCAACUCACCCUACUCGUCUUGGGUCCCACCACAACCCACGCAGCAAACAUCAACACGACAAGUUCCGAGGUUGUCCUCGACCCGCCGGAGAAAACCUUCUACGACGACCCACAACUGAGUUACUCCAUCGAGAAACCCUUGAAGAAAUGGGACGAGAAGCGAAGUGAGUGGCUACGGCUACACCCUCAUCUCGUCGCCGGAGCACGUCACCGGAUUCUGCUGGUGACGGGGUCGCAGCCGAAGCCGUGCGAGAACCGCAUCGGCGACCACUUGCUUUUACGGUGUUUCAAGAACAAGGUGGAUUACUGCAGGAUCCACAAUUGCGAGGUGUUCUACAACAACCUGCACGUGCACCCCAAGAUGGACUCUUAUUGGGCCAAGAUUCCGGUGAUCCGAUCCGCCAUGAUGGCCCACCCGAAUAUUGAGUGGAUCUGGUGGAUGGAUGCGGAUGCAGUGUUCAUGGACAUGGAGUUCAAGCUUCCAAUGGAGCGUUACAAGGACCACAACCUCGUUGUUCACGGUUGGCCUAAUAUGGUGUACGAGGAUAACGAGAACAAGAGUUGGACAGGGUUGAACGCUGGGGUGUUCCUAAUAAGGAAUUGCCAGUGGUCCAUGGAGUUGUUGCAGGUGUGGUCCAAAAUGGGGCCAUUAAGUUCUAACUAUGAGAAAUGGGGUAGAAUCUUAAAAUCUAUUUUCAAGGACAAACCUUUCCCUCUCCCAGAUGACCAAUCGUCGCUAAUUUAUUUGCUCUAUAGAGAAAGAAGAAAAUGGGGUGGUAAGACAUAUUUGGAGGGAGGGUAUAACUUGGAAAGUUAUUGGCUUUCCAUGUUGGGGAGGUUUGAGGGUAUCAAUGAUGGGUACAAUGAGAUAGAGAAGGAAGUGAGGUCUUUGAGGAGAAGGCAUGCAGAGAAGUUGAGUGUGUGGUAUGGUGAGUUAAGGGAACCUUAUUUGAGACAAAGAGGGUGGGAGCCACUAAGUAGAGGGAGAAGGCCGUUUGUGACACACUUCACAGGGUGCCAACCAUGUAGUGGGAAUCAUAACCCCAGUUAUGAUGGGGAUACUUGCUGGAAAGAAAUGGAGAGGGCUUUGAAUUUUGCUGAUAAUCAAGUGCUUCGUAAUUAUGGUUUUGUGAGGAAGGAUCUCAUAACCUCUUCUGUGUAUGAAGUCCCGUUUGAUUUCCCGCGGAAUGACUUGUUACGGUGA